ACAGGCGACACCUCCGACUGCAUCGGAAUCCCUCGGGGCCUCGGAUUAAAGCUGUUACGUCAGUAAAUUAAAAAAAAAAAUAAAAAUCCGACAACAGAAAACACAGCCCCAAACCUGGACGUUUAUACAGAAAAAGAGCAUCACAAAUUCCUAAUAGCUAUGAAGCAGGGACAGAGGCAGAGCGAGCUCCUUCAGGCAGGGCUGGGAGCUGAGCUCGCACAAACAGCUCCCCGGUGGACUCGUCCCACGUUGCUGCUUCGCUCGGCUCCGAGGGGGAAGGCGCGGAGCUGCGAUGAGCCACAUCUACGGCAGCCACCUGUCCCCUCUGGGCAGCCCGUCCAUGGUUUACCUGCCCGCCGCUCUCGGCUUCACCCCCGGGGGGGCGAUGUCCCGGCAGGACCCCCCUCAGAAACCCCCUUACAGCUACAUCGCCCUCAUCGCCAUGGCCAUCAAAGAGGCUCCGGAGCAGAAGGUGACCCUGAGCGGCAUCUACCAGUUCAUCAUGGACCGCUUCCCCUUCUACCACGACAACAAGCAGGGCUGGCAGAACAGCAUCCGCCACAACCUCUCUCUCAACGAUUGCUUCGUCAAGGUGCCCCGCGAGAAGGGCCGGCCCGGCAAGGGCAGCUACUGGACCCUGGACCCGCGCUGCCUGGACAUGUUCGAGAACGGCAACUACCGCCGCAGGAAGAGGAAGCCCAAAGCCGCGAACCCUCCGGACACCAAGGGCACCGAGCAGCCGGGGCCGCCCGCCCGCUCCGUCGAGCCCAAGCGGGCCAAGGGGGACGCGGAGGUGCCGCGGCCGGGUGAGGGGACAGCGGCUUGUCCCCCGGCCCCGGUGCCCCCCGCUGCCGCCCCGCCGCACAAGAGCGGCCCCCGGGGCCGCAGCUUCAGCAUCGAGAGCAUCCUGGCUCAGGGGCUGCGGCCGCCGCCGCCCGGGGCAGCGCCCAAGGCGGCCCGGGCCGGCCCCGGCGGCUGCCGCGGCGGAUCGCUGGUGACCGGCGGCGCCUUCGGGCCGGCCCUCAACGCUUCGCUCAUGCUCGACUCCCAGGUGCACGGGAGGCUUUACCACAUCGGCAUCCCCUUCCUCUCCUGCUUCCCUCUGCCCUUCUCCGAGGCGGUGUUUAACUUCCAGUAGCUGCCCCCCCUCCCCUCCGCUACAAUUAACGCGCCCCCGGCCCCGAGCGCUGCUGCGGGGGGCGCGCUGGGAGGGAGAGAUCGGACUCAGACCUCACCACGCGGGUAAAGACCUAAAAAAUCCCCCCCAAAAGCGAUGUUUUAAAGGUGACUCAGGAUUUCGGGGCAUUUUCAAGGCGCGUUUUGCUGCGGAUUCUCUUUGGCGGGUGCCUCCCACCCCCGGCCAGAGCGACUUUGGAAGGUAAAAAGCGGCUUUGUGCUCCCGUGGGCGGUGGAGGCAGAGGCAGCACCACGCUGGCCCCAAGCCCCGAGGGCUUUGCUCUGCACCUUUACUCUUUGCAUCCCUCAGGUUCCUCAGAUCAGGCUUCCCUCGAGCCCUCCAUGUCUCUGUUUUCUUCUUUUAUUUUUCCUUUGAAAGCCAAGCCCCAUGCCGGGGGGAGGAGGCUGAGUUUUGUUUUGCCAUCAAUACCCACAGAUAUUAAUAAUGCCCGUAAUUUUGCCAUCAAUACCCACAGGCACAUGAUAAUUUCUCUAAUUCCCCACUGGCCCAGUCCUCCCAGUGGGUAACUGCAGCUGAACUCACAGCAGACCAAGCAAUCCAGGCUCAUCCUGAAUAUUCCUGCUUGCUUUGACCCAGCAUGGUGUGGAACUGGUUUUUCUGCUCAGCACUGGUGCUUUGGAGUAUCCCCACAGAGUUUCUGCUCACGGAUGUGGCCAAAAAGAAGGGGAUGGAUGAGCAAACACGAAAAUUUGUCUUGUUCCAUCUCUUACUGGGAUCGGUUUCUUCUGACCAAAAAAGACUGAGGCAGGGUUGUG